UCCUAAAUUGAUUUCUUUCAGAAAUAAAAUGGUUUGACGCCUCGGUCUAAAAAUGGGUCAACAACUUUCAAGAGUGUACGGAACUAUUAUUAAAAGACCCCUUCAACGGUAUAAUGUUGAACACCGGGCUGCUAAAGAGAUUUCCCGUAUUGAAGAUCCUGCUGGACCAGCUCUGAGAGCACCAAUGUUUCAUUCAGACAAGGAACUCCUAGAGAAUAUCCGAAAAUCCAACCCAACUUUAGCAGAUUCGACACAUAGGAAGGAUUCUCAGUUGCACUCGAUGCUUCAAGAUGUUUAUGUCAAGUCGGAAGACCAACACUUGAACGAUCCACCUCAACAGAGUCAGCAGCGACCUCUACCCCUUGACAGAGUUCGCUACCAAGAUAAUUUUAUCCCUGGAAUGAUGCGAGUAGAUAAAACUAGGAAAACAGCUAGAGGAAAAGUUACUUUGGAUGAGGCAGUUGAGUUCUUGACUAAUCAUACAUCUAAACCUGAGGAGCACACAGCUACUAGUAUAGCAGAUACAUACAGAUUAAAUGCUACGUCGACUGCCAACGUGUUAAAAUACUUUAAGAUGUUUAAAAUCUAUGUUCCAGAGAAGAAAAUAACUAAACCUUAUGAUCCUUUAGAAGCAGGAAAAGACUGGGUGGAAGGUAUCCAGGAAUCCCGAGCUAGUUUAUUAGAUUAUGAAGAAGAAAGGAAGAAAAGAGUGGCCAUGCUCAAGGAAAAAGAGGCGCUAAGGAAGAAUCAACCAUUAUUAGAAGGAAAAUCUCGGCCUGAUAGAGGCACCUCCUAAUCUAGUCUAGUUUAUAUAUAUAUUACAAAUAUCUGGGUCAGCACAACCAGAGAACAACAUCAAGUCCAAGGAGAGAAGAUAAAAUGAAUUGUUAGAUCAGUUUUACCGAAAUGAAUCUAUGAUUAUCAA